AUGACCAACCUACUGGACUGCCCAGUCAAGCUCACCUCUUCGACCGACCUCGCCCAAGGAUUAUUGAACUACAUUCAAUCGUAUCAUGAAGACCACGUUGCUCAUCCGGAGGCGCUCAAGCCGGAUCUCGAGCUCAUCAAGUCCUGCAGGACGCCGAUCGAAGACAAACUGAAUAUCAACCAAUCUACCCUGAACUCACUCACUCGAUACCAUGCCCAUCUGGCUUACAUCCUUCCCAAGUUUCCUGACGAUGUGGGAGUCGAGUUCUCCUAUUCUGCCAUUUUCGCAACCUCCACCACGGCCGGAUCAAUCUUACCAGGGGAACUGCCAAGCUGUAUACCGAUCAAACUUUCAAACUUGAAGUACGAACGCGCCUGCGUCUUGUUCAACAUUGCUGCUAUGACAAUGUCGUUGGGGACGAGUCUACCACGCACAAAUACCGACCAACUCAAACGCGCCAUCGGUUUUUUUCAGCAAGCUGCUGGCUGCUUUCGUCUAUUAAGAGAUGAAGUCGUAGCAACUAUCGAGCUACCCCCUGGUUCACCCAGUCCACCCUCACCGGAUCUCUCAAAUUCGUGUCUUUCAGCCCUGGAAUAUCUUUCUUUAUCCCAGGCCCAAGAAUCGGUGUGGCAACAGGCAGUCAAAGAUCAGAAAUCUAAUGGGACCAUAAGUAGGAUUGCUCAAGAAACUUCUCGGCUCUAUGAUGUCACGCUCAAUUUUAUGAAAGAUGUGCCAAAGCUUGAUAUUCAUUGGAUUGGAUUUGCUUUUCCAGAAGAUUGGAUCAGCUUUGUACAAUUGAAAUCAGCCCAUUUUCUAGCAGUUGCCCAAUUUCGCAAAGGACUGGAUGAUUCUGCGGCUAGAGAAUAUGGAAUCGAAGUAGGAAGAUUAGAGUAUGCUUGCUCAACUUUAAAAGCGACGAUCUCGGGCGCGAAAACCUGUUCGACAGAGACGACGAAGACGGUUCUCCAGGAGGCCAAGAACGUGUUUGUGAAGCUCCAGAAGUCACUCGAGCAGUCCAGACGAGACAACGAUUUGAUUUAUCUGAAGCAAGUUCCAUCGGAUGCCGAGUUGCCGGUCAUCAAGCCCGUUUCGCUCGUCAAACCGACGGUGCCCCAGGCCGUGAGCGAGCCGGCUGAGUUCUUGACCGACGAUAAGUUCGGCAGAAAGCUCUUCGAGCAGGUCGUGCCUUAUCAAGUUUAUCGCAUCAAAGGCGUCUAUGAGGACAGGAAGAAAGAGCAUCUGAAAUCUGCCAUUCAAGACCUCGCUGAUAGCUUGGAUUCGGAAAUGGUGGAUGCACUUCGAUCAAUGAACUUACCUGGUUCCUUAGAAGCCUUGGAAAGGCCGAUCAACCUGCCUCCCUCAUUGAUUCGCAGUUCGGAAGAGCUGCGACAGAAAAACGCUCCCCAAAUGUUAGUAUCAAUGCUGUCCAGUGUAGAACAGGCAUCACGUGCGAACUGGGAGGCGUUAAAUCAAAUCACAAAGAGUUUAGACGAUGAGGCAAAAGAAGACCAGCAGUUUCGGACUCGAUUCGGGACCCAAUCAUGGCAGAGACCCUCUUCGGCAAUCGCAAACCGUUCCCUCCGCGAACAGGAGGCACAGUUACUCGAAACGUUCGGCGCGGCUGUCCAGAGCGAUCGCUCGGUCAAAGAAAGAUACGAACACUGGCGGAACGCGAUCGAGUUAUUGUGUCAAGAUGAAGAUACUAUUCGGAAGGCAAUCCCACCGGUGAACUUGAGUAACCGAGGGUCGCAAGACCUCAGUCUGCCGCCGACGGGAGAAACCGAGCUGUCGAGUCCACGCCAGCUGCGGAGAUUGUUGGAUGACCUGGAAGAUCUUCGAGGGGCACGAAAACGGAUGGUGGGCUCGGCGGUCCACUUCGCCAAUCACGACUCGAUCGAUCGCCCGUUGAUCGAGAACUUCAAGCACAGACCGUCGAGCGCGCCUUCGUCGGCUAUCGAGAUCGCUGACGAUGAACAAAUCGAACUGUUUAUCGAAAAGCAACUCGAGAAAUAUUCGAAAUUCUCGGAUCAAUUGGAGGCCAAUCACCGCUCCCAAAACGACUUGAUCCACCAAAUCCGGAACGUCAAUCGCGAAUUUUUGCGUUCUAGAACUGACGAUCCAGUGACCAAAGCUAGAGAGAAUGUGUUCCAAGAGCUCGAUUCGGCGUACCACGAGUUCCAUUCGAUCAUGCACAACCUCCAGGAAGGCCACCAAUUCCAUUCUCAAUUCAACACGUAUACGGGCAUUCUCGGCAAACAGGUCGACAGUUAUCUCAACGAUCGCCGCAGACAGGCCCUCGGGCUCGAACACCAACUCAACAAUCUCCACCUCAAUUCAUCUGCCUCGGCCCAACCUAGGCACGACUCUCGAAGUCAGAGAGCGAACGGGAAAAAGAAGCAGGACGAGGAGGAUUGCCAACAAGAACCGCAGCAGGCUCGCGUGGUCUCGCCUACUUCUUCUUCCUCCGCUGGUGGGCGCCGUCCUCCUUCCGAAAGCCAUCGGAAGAAACAACCCAUCCGAUCUGGCGCUUAUGAUCCCAAGAUUCAUGGUCCGCCCGUGUUUUCUGACUGA